AUGUUCUCCUCGUUUCCCCGCAAUGCCUUACCCCAGUCGUUCCUGGUCAGCACCACUCUCAAGAAUGGCGCCGAUUCGUUUUACUCACAAGCCACUCUUCGACCAGCGUCACAUAGCCGUCGCAGCUCCCCGCGCCUGGCGGUGAGAGCGGCGGCGAAGACGGCGGAUAAUCCGGCGGCGAAGGCGCUUCAGGCGAAGUCGUUAGGCGAGCUGCGGGCGAUGGCGAGGGAGAAAGGGUUGCGCGGAGAUACAAAGGCAGAGCUGGUCAAGCUGCUGCUGCAGACCCAGCCGUCCUCGUCAUCCCCCGUGCACCCGUCCGCGGUGAUCCCUCCCCCUGAAUCGACGCGCAGACCCACCGCUCCAGCUCCCACAGCCGCCAGCAGCACUGCCAGCGGAAAUUCCGGCGGCAAGGGCGGCAAGGCGGAGGCAGCGAAGGCGCUGGAGGCGAUGAGCACGGCGCAGCUGCGCGCCAUGGCCCGGGAGAAGGGGCUCCGGGGCGACACGCGCGCCGAGCUGAUCAAUCUCCUCGUAGCCGCCCUCCCCCAGUCCGCCAAGCCCACCUCCAAUGCGUCCGUCAUGCCGCGGCCCCUUCCCCCGUCCGCCUCGCCUGCUGCUGCAGCAGCCGCCGCAGCAGCCUCUGGCGACGGCAACGGUGCGAGCAGCAGCAGCAGGGAGUCGGAAGUGGCGGAGGCGGAGGUGGUUCUGCCACCGUUUGCCUCGGAUAUACCCCCUGGAGGCAUUGCCAUCAGCCAAGUGCAGCCCAAGGUAGGCAGUGGGGCGACGGCAAAGGAGGUGAAGGAGGCAGCAGCGGAGCUGAAGCAGGGGCAGUUCGUGCGGUCCGUGCUCAUAGGCGGCUUUGGCCUCGCCCUUGUGCCUCUCGUGCUGCCUCUCGCCCCCAUGAACAGACUCGUCCCAGGCUCGCCUGCUGAACAGCUGGCAGCGCAGCUAGGGGAGGAGGCGACAGUGCUGCUCAACUCACUGCUGGACACGCAAGCUGUCACAGUCAACCAGCUGCAGGCGCUCAUGCCUCUCAUCUCGCCAGACCUGGACCCCACCACGCGGGCUGCCAGAGCUGCUUGGUUCUGCCAGCAGGUGCCUCCAGCGGCUCGCUCGGAACAGGCGGAGAAGUUUUGCAAAACUGUUGCUCAGAUUGGCAUUCGAGCAGCUGCUCAGUGA